UGUGUUGGAUCAUUAAUUAUUUAAUAGUUUGAAACAUUGAAUCAAAGAGUUAAAAAUACAGGGUAAUACAAUCAGGACAGGACAUACAUGUAAAAGUACUAUAUUCUAAGCAAUAAAUAGUUCUGAAAAUAUGACCGAAGACGAAGACUGUGAGAUUGAAUUUUUAGAUGAGGAUGCAGAUAUUGUUCAACAAUGCUUUCAGAAUGUUGAUAAUGAAACCGAUAUUAAGCCAGCUCUAAUGGAGACUACACUGCUUGUUGAAAGGGUUCCUAACGAGAAACCAACUAGGAAAAGACGAAAAAAAGAAGAAGAUUCGGAUUAUGAUCCCACAGAGGAUUUACCAACACGAAGUAGAAAAAAAAAACUCCAACAAUAUCCGCGGCAAAGUGCUACCCGCGGACGUCGAUUCGAAUCAUCAUAUGUACAUAAAACCGAUGGAAAAAGCGAACGUAAAUAUAGAAAGGUGGAUUCGAAGGCAGUUUUUGUUAAUAGAAAAUUACUUAACAUUAAAAUACCUGAUUAUGACGAUCCCCUGUGUCUGCCGGUCCGAGCUAUGAAAAAGGAUGAAUGGGAUGCAAGGAAACUUAAGAAUUGGAACAAUCUAUGCUUAGAACACUUUAAACAUUACGACAACCCUCUAAGAGCGGAGAAAGAACAGACUGUAUCAUCGAAAAGAACAAUUGUGUUAAGAAAUAUACACAACAAAAUGACAGGUAAAGUAGAGACAACUAUGUACAGUAAAAUAUGUGUUGAAAACAAAAAUGAAGAUAAAAGGUCAGAAGUAGUGCAGUCUGUGCUACCAAAAUACAGAGAAAAGAAAGUACUGAAUACAUUCAGAUUAUCUGAUCAGAAAAAACGAAGGUCAUUUAAUCACAAGGAUGAAGUUUUAUUAACCAAAGAGGUCAACAAGGAAGUUGAGACCUUAGUUGUGUAUAAGCCUGAAGAAAAAUUGUCAUUAGUUUACAAAAUGUUUGAAAAGAAAAGUGACAAUGUUAAAGACAUGGAUGAAGAGAAUAAGAAGUAUUUGAAAGAGGUGGCCAGUUGUAAGACCUGUGCGCCUUGCUACCAGACUUCUUGGAGGGGAUUUAAGAAGAAUGACAAAAGAAACAUCAGAUGCCAAGUGUGCAUGCGUCCUUGUAUAAGUGUCUACAACCUGCUGGCCCAUCUGAAGAGCCACUCAGAAUCAGAUGUCCGAUCCAGCAAGCGAGCGAUUGCUAGGAGUCUGGCAUCUGUAGUUGAAUAUCAUUACAAGUGCAGAAUAUGUCAGGAACAAUUCUUGAGUAUUAAGGAGUUGAGGCAGCACGUCAAUACGCAUAAAGGUACAGAACCAUUUAAGUGUGAAGUCGGAAACCAUCAUACCACUUAAUAAUAAAUAACAUGUAACAUUAAUGAAUAAAAUAUAUUUUAGUAAACCAUUUU